AUGCCCGGCGCGCGCGCCGCCGCCGAUGAUCGGUCCCUCGUCGAGAUCCCCCCCACGCCCGAGAAUGACAGCGGAAACGAUGGCUUGGCCAGCGACUAUGCGACCGACGACGACGACGAAGAUGGCAGCCUAGACAGCGCCGCUCGCCGGCGGCAGGUUCGCGCCAAGCAGGUCGUGCGGCUCGUCGCCCUCGUCUAUGCCACCGUCGCCGCCCUCUGCGCUGGCUCCAUCGUCGUCUUCUCUCUCUACGCGCCCAAGUUCCAGUCGCGCCUGCGCUACACCCAAUUCCAGGUCAAUGGCGUCGCCAUCGCCGGUUCCGUCUCUCUCUACCUGCCCGUGCCCAUCAUGGGUUACGUCUGCGACCGUGUCGGCGUCGCGCCUCUCUCGCUCUUGUCGUCCCUUCUCUUCGGCGUCGGCUACAGCCUGGCCGCCUACAUCUACCGGAAGCUCGACAUCUACUACAACCUUCUCGGCAAGCCGCAUGGGUCCGGCAACGAGUGGUCCUACCCGCUCAUGAUCUUCGCCUUUUGCUGCAUCGGCUCCGGCACCUGCGCCAUGUACAUUGCCUCCGUCUCCACCGGCGCCAAGAACUUCGGCAAGGGCAAAUACCGCGGCCUGGCCUUGGCCAUGCCCAUCACCGGCUUCGGUCUCAGCGGCAUGUGGCUGAGCCAGAUUGGCAGUCACUUUCUCUACGAGACCAACCCCGACGGCUCCAGGGGCGACGUGGACGUCUUCCGCUUCUUCGUCUUCUUGGCCAUCUUGCUCGUCGUGGUGGGCAUUCUUGGCGUCUUCCUGCUGCGCAUUGUCGACGAACAGGAUUUGAUCGAAGAGGCCAUUGAGGAGCUCGAGAACAGCGGCUUCCUGGACGGCAGCUCCCUCCUCGGCCGGUCCGAGCGAGGCUACGGCACGGCCAGCUCGACAGCGCCGGCUGCCGACCUUGAGAGCGACCCCCUGCUGGACCCGUCCAAGGACGACGACGUCAAGUGGAAGAAGAAUUGGGUUCUCAACGCUGAGACGCGCCGGUUCCUUGCAGACCACACUAUGUAUCCCUUUGCCCUCGCCUUCUUCCUCAUGAUCGGUCCGGGCGAGGCCUUUGUCAACAACCUCGGAACCGUGAUUGGCACCCUGAUGCCUCCCACCGUCGGCGCCGGGGAGCAGACGUCUGCCGCCACGCACGUAUCCAUCUUCGGCAUAACCAGCACGAUUGCGCGACUGCUCAUUGGCAGUUUGACUGAUCUCCUUGCGCCUGCGCCCGAAACGCAGCAUGUGCAGGUCGAGCGGCAUCGCGGUCACCGGCAAUCACGGCUGCAAGGCUUCACCAUCUCUCGCGUCGUCUUCAUACUCUUCUUUGGCAUUCUCAUGUCCCUUGGACUAAUUUUCCUCGCGUCGGGCGCCGCGCAGAACCACGCCGACCGUUUCUGGGUCGUCUCCGGUCUGGUCGGCGCAGGAUACGGCGCCAUCUUCAGCCUGACGCCGCUCAUUGUCACCAUCAUCUGGGGCGUUGAGAAUUUUGCCACCAAUUUCGGCAUCAUCGCCAUGCUGCCGGCCCUGGGAUCGACACUUUGGGGCCUCGUAUACUCGGGCGUGUACCAGGCUGGCGCCAAGGCGUCCAAGUCGGUGGGCAGCGACGGGGAGGAUGACAUCUUUUGUUACGGCAAGCAAUGCUACUCGGCCACGUUUUGGGCCGAGGGCAUCUGCGUGUGGGCGGCAUGCGGCCUGCUCCUAUGGGCCUGGAAAGGCAAGGGCGGGUGGCAACAGCGCGGCAUCGUCAUCUAG